ACAUAACAGCAGCGGAUAGCGACACAUUCAACCACUAACAUCUCCAAAUACCGAGUCAAACCUCUGUUUUUAGCUAUUACCGCGUCUUAUUCUGGAAUGAUUUCUUAAACGAGGCAGAAAUAGUCAACAUGUCAUUUAUUUUUGACUGGAUCUACAGAGGAUUUAGUAGUGUUUUACAGUUCUUAGGGCUCUACAAAAAGAGCGGGAAGCUGGUAUUUCUGGGUCUGGACAAUGCGGGUAAAACGACUCUUUUGCACAUGCUCAAAGAUGACCGGCUUGGCCAGCACGUUCCAACUCUGCAUCCAACAUCUGAGGAGCUGACAAUCGGAGGCAUGACCUUUACCACAUUUGAUUUGGGAGGACAUGUACAAGCUCGGAGAGUUUGGAAAAACUACCUGCCGGCCGUUAAUGGAGUGGUGUUCCUUGUGGACUGUGCGGAUCAGGAUCGACUUCCAGAAUCAAAAGUUGAACUAGAUGCUCUUCUUGGAGAUGAGACCAUUGAGGAUGUACCUGUCCUAGUGUUGGGCAAUAAAAUUGACCGCCCAGAAGCCAUCAGUGAGGGAGGACUGAGAGGAGCGUUUGCUCUGGAUGGUCAAGUCACUGGAAAGGGAAACAUCCCGAGGAAGGAUCUGAACGCCCGCCCGCUGGAGGUGUUCAUGUGCAGCGUGCUGAAGAGGCAGGGCUACGGCGAAGGGUUCAGGUGGUUAUCGCAAUAUAUUGACUGACAUGGAGAAGCUCUGCUGGAGCGUUACAAAGAGCCACAACAGAGACUGUAAACAUGAGCAGAUUCACAUUUUCUGUGCAAGCUGUGAACGCAGUUACCUAAAAGUGUUAAAAAAAAGUAAGGCAUAUUUUUAGCUAUUAACAAUAAAGAAUUUUGGGAUGAAUGUAGAAGUGGGCUUUGAUAUGCAGAACAAGAUUUAGAAUUUAUUAGCUAAUCAGAGGUGAAAUGUAAAGACUGAGUGAUUUAACUUCUAAUUAAGAUUGCUAUAUGUAAAAAAACUGAUGUGUAAUAACUAGUGAUGGUGAGCUUAUUAAAAAUAGACUCUGCCUUCCAGGCAUACAAGCCAAACAUGUUUGUUAUUUACUUGAUACUAAACAGAAAGAAAAAUCGAAAAAGACAAAUUUAAAAAAUUAAACAUGCACUUGUUAAAAAAAGGGCAUCUAAUUGAUUUAAACCCUUUGAUUUAUGCUAAAUAUCAAAGUCUGGAUGUUUGAAUUCUUUGUCCCCCGUUUUGUUCGGAUAACGUGCAGCUUCUGUGAUGCAAGCGGCUACCUUGAAACGCAUUUGGAACGCGUCCUAAUUAGGUUUGACUUUGGGGCGUUCUUUGUGCAACUGAAGGAUGAAUCGUUCCUGCAGAUUCGGCUGUCUGUGCGACCGUCCCUGUUUCACCGAAUCAUAAAAGCAGAAAUUAUGACUGGCAUUUAAAAUGUCAGCAAGCAAUAAAACAGAAUGGCCAGCUGUGCUGUAGCAGACAGCUCCACUGUUGUGAGAAUCAUAAAAAUAUAUGUCAUUCUCAUUCAAUCCGUCUUGUUAGACUUUUCCAAAACAAGAACCCAUCACAUCUUGUUGCAUAUUUUUUUUUUUUAAUUCAAAACCUUAAAUAGUUAAAUCCGUCAAUAGUAUGUUUGCUUUCCAGCACAUGCAAAAUUUUCAAGCUGCUAAUGUACUUUUUGAUCAUCUAAAAAGAUGGGAGAGUGCACUUUUAAACGUAAGCAGAAGUGUUAAAGUGUUUUUUUAAGGUUUAUGCAUGAAAACAUACAGAUGUUUAAAACAUUUUAACUCACGAUGGGAAAAAAAUACAAGAAAAAUAUGCAACGUUUGUAUUUUUCUUUUGUUCUUUGGACUUUUUGUAUUAACAGGGUACCAUUUGUUUGUAGCUUUAAGUCCACGGAUAUUUAUAUCAGAAAGAAGCUUAUUGUGCUGUUUUUAUACGAGAGUAUAUUUAUUAAAAUGCACUGUAGUAUUUGAUGUUUCUUUUUUGUUCUUGUUCCACAUUAUUUGCUGAAUUAGUGUAAAUUUUAUUGUGUAUAAAAGAUUGAGUUUUGUGCAGCUAAUAAAAACAGCUUCUAGGGAGGAAGAUUAAAAUCUAAUAAAACCUGUCUUUUACGUCUA